UUUUAACUAAAAAAAGUGUUAAGUGAAGCAGGUGACAUCUUUGGAGGCUGUCUUUAAACUGCCUCCAAAGGUGGAACUGCUCACCAUGACUGGACCGCCUGAGGACUUGGGAGAAGAGACCAUGGGAAAGGGGCUCCCUGAGUCUCUGGGCCUCCUCUUUGCUCCUCACCCCCAUACCGUUCCCACCCCUUCUUUGCAGCAUCCUGGCAAUAUCCUGGAGUCCAGCCAGGAGGCCACUUGCCCCGGAGGCAGGCACGGCUGGAGCCCGUGGAAGAAGGUAGAGGGAAGGGUGCUCCUGGUGGGAAGGACACCCUGCGCAAAGCAGCAAAGGACUCGGAGUGCUCGUGUGCGCCAGAGCUGGGCGCUCACGUGGCCGCAGCGUGGACAGGGGCCGCCUGGGAGGAGGCAGCUGUGGCCGCCACAGAGGCGGAGGCGUCUGGCAAACAUCACCCCAGUUGACCCUGCGUACUUGGCUAACGCUCGGCCCAAACUCGCUGCUGCCCCCGGCGGCGGAGGCCGGACACGCACCUCACGAGCCCCCUGUCGGAAUACUGUGUAGGUGGGGCACUCUACUAAUGGCUUUAUAUGCAUUAAUUUAAUCUUUGUAACAGCCCUCUGAGGUUCCAAGGAUUAAGACAUGGACGUUUUUGGAGACCAUUAUUUUGUCUACAAUAUUCUCUGGAAGAAAACAGUAGAUCCAAGUAGGAGCAGCCAGAGAGGAAGGAGGGCCAAGAGGAGAAUGAAAUAUCACAGAAGCCAGAGGAAGAGAGAGUUCCCAGGAGAGAGUGCGAGAAACAGUAACCAACACGGGAGGUUAAGUCUUCAAGCAGCUCAGCGUGCCUGUGGACAGCGUGGCCCUGGUCCCCCCAACCCUCAGGAGGGCAACACAGUACCUGGCGAGUGGCCCUGGCAGGCCAGCGUGAGGAGGCAGGGAGUCCACAUCUGCAGCGGUUCCCUGGUGGCAGACACCUGGGUCCUCACUGCUGCCCACUGCUUUGAAAAGGCGGCAACAACGGAACUGAACUCCUGGUCAGUCGUCCUGGGUUCUGUGCAGCGUGAGGGGCCAGGCCCAGGGGCUGAGGAGGUGGGAGUGACUGCCCUGCAGCUGCCCAGGACCUAUAACCACUACAGCCAGGGCUCAGACCUGGCCCUGCUGCGGCUCGCCCACCCCACAACCCACACACCCCUCUGCCUGCCCCAACCUGCCCAUCGCUUCCCCUUUGGAACCUCUUGCUGGGCCACUGGUUGGGAUCAGGAUACCAGUGACACUCCUGGGACCCUGCGGAAUCUGCGCCUGCGCCUAAUCAGCCGCCCCACAUGUAACUGUCUCUACAACAGCCUACACCAACGGCUGCUGGCCAGCCCAGCCCGGCCUGGGAUGCUGUGUGGGGGUGCCCAGGCUGGGGUGCAUGGGCCCUGUCAGGGAGAUUCUGGGGGCCCUGUGCUGUGCCGAGAGCCUGAUGGACACUGGGUUCAGGCUGGGAUCAUCAGCUUCACAUCAAGCUGUGCCCAGGAGGACACCCCCGUGCUGCUGACCGACAUGACUGCUCACAGCUCCUGGCUGCAGGCUCGAGCUCCAGGCGCAGCCUUCCUGACCCAGAACCCAGACAGCCCGGAGACAAGUGAUGAGGACAGCUGUGUAGCCUGUGGGUCCCUGAGGAGAGAAGGUCCCCAAGCAGGAGCUCCUUCCCCAUGGCCCUGGGAUGCCAGGCUGAAGCACCAGGGGAAGCUAGUCUGUGGCGGAGCCCUGGUGUCAGAGGAAGUGGUGCUGACUGCUGCCCACUGCUUCAUCGGGCGCCAGAGCCCGGAGGAGUGGAGUGUAGGGCUGGGGACCAGACCAGAGGAGUGGGGCCUGAAGCAACUCAUCCUCCAUGGUGCCUAUACUCACCCAGAGGGGGGCUAUGAUGUGGCCCUCCUGCUACUGGCCCAGCCCGUGACACUGGGCCCCGAUCUGCGGCCCCUCUGUCUGCCCUACGCUGACCACCACCUGCCUGAUGGGGAACGUGGCUGGGUCCUAGGGCUGGCUCGCCAAGGAGCAGGAAUCAGCUCCCCCCAGACAGUGCCUGUGACCCUGCUGGGGCCUAGGGCCUGUAGCCGGCUACACACAGUUCCUGGGGGUGAUGGCAGCCCCAUUCUGCCAGGGAUGGUGUGUACCAGUGCAGUGGGUGAGCUGCCCCAAUGUGAGGGCCUAUCCGGGGCACCAUUGGUACAUGAGGUGAGGGGCACAUGGUUCCUGGCUGGGCUGCACAGCUUUGGAGAUGCCUGCCAAGGCCCUGCCAGGCCCGCAGUCUUCGCAGCACUCCCUGCCUAUGAGGACUGGAUCAGCAGUUUGGACUGGCAGGUCUACUUCGCAGAGGCGCCAGAGCCUGAGGCUGAGACUGGAAGCUGCUUGGCUAACAUGAGCCAACCAGCCAGCUGCUGACGCACAACUCUGGGCUGUUCACAGGACAUGAGAACACAUCCAGGCAGUUCCUGCCUCACCGCCCCUGUGCCUCCCCAUCCCCGACCCAUGUGUGGCUCCAGGCCCAGGGGCAGGCCCCAAAGCCCAGGUGGCUGUGGGCAGAAACCUGCCCAGGACCAGAUGCCCCCAUUCCCCUGCAGGACAGGGAUGCCACCUGCGAUGCUCCCACACCAGCCCUGCUGUUCCAUGCAGGCAUCUCCAGCUUUCCCUGCCCUUCCUCCUCUCAGAUACAAUCACGCCAGGCACAUGUUUUGAAAAUUUCUUUUUUUGGGGGGAGCAAUUUUCCUUUUUUUAAAACUUAAAUAAAUUGUUACAAAAUAGA